UGCCGGAGUCCUGACCAUGCUGCUCUCACUCGUUCUCCCCAUCACAGUCGCUAAUGCAGCGCUUGCAGCAUACACAUUCGAUCCUCUCCAGCACCUAGCGGGCAUCACACCUUACUUCGAGCCCUCAGACCCUCCUCUCAACCCGGCACCGCCGCAAGGAUGCAAUGCAACCCGGGCUGCGUAUCUGGUCAGGCACGCCGCCAUCUGGGCCAACGACUUUGACUAUGAGGAGUUCAUCGACCCCUUCGUGUCCAAGCUGCAGAACACGACUGUCGACUGGAAAAGAGCUGGCCCACUGGCUUUCCUAUCCACAUGGAAAACCCCAAUCGAGAACGAGGAUAUAGAGGAAUUGACACAGGUUGGCCGGCAGGAGGCCUUCACAUUGGGUGUCAGUGUUGGACAGAGAUACCCUUCGUUCAAGGCACCGGGCAAAGUGUGGACAUCGACGGCUGAAAGAACGGAGAAGAGCGCACAGUCUUUUAUUGAGGGUCUGGUUACGCGGAGCAAUGAGACAGAGCUGGUAUCGGUUAGUGAAGGCGAGGAAGAGGGUGCGGACUCUCUCACGCCGUAUGAGGGAUGUCCGGCUUAUAGCUCUUCGGCUGGGAGUGAGCAGUCUGCGCAAUACCAAGAACUCUACACUAAACCCAUCAUCGAGCGCUUUCACGCUCUCGCUCCUUCAUUCAACUUCACUCCGAAUGAUAUCGUUGGCAUGCAGGAAUUAUGCGGAUAUGAGACCGUGAUCCGGGGCUCGUCACCAUUCUGCUCCCCGGAGGUCUUCAGCCCGAAUGACUGGCUCGGAUUCGAAUAUACCAACGACAUCCAAUACCACUUUAACACGGGCUAUGGAAACGAAGUAUCCGGCGCCAUUGGAUUCCCGUGGCUGAAUGCUACAGCAGGCCUAUUGACUUCGGACGACACCAACAGCUCCGAUGCCCAGGAUAUCUACGUCUCUUUCACGCACCGUGAACAACUUCCCGUUGUUCUCGUAGCACUAGGAUUAUUCAACAACUCUGCGUUCUCGGGCGGCGACGACAUCAACGCCACGAUGCCGCUAGAUGCUCAGAACUAUCGUCGUGCGUGGAAAUCGUCACACAUCAUUCCCUUCUUGGCCAAUGUCGCGAUCGAAAAGCUGUCAUGCGAUAGCUAUGGCUUCGGUGUUGGAGAGCACUAUCGUGUUCUGGUAAACCAGAGUCCGCAGCCGCUCCCUGGGUGCACUGAUGGACCAGGGGAGAGCUGCUCGAGGGACGCGUUCCAGAAGUUUGUGCAGUCGCGCGAGGAGACUCUUGGGGGCUUUGGUGAGAAAUGUGGAGUGGACUACUCCAAUUCGACGGAUAUCUUGAGCAUUUAUGGCGUCUCAUAGGUACAGUAAUUUGAGACACGAAUGCGGCAUCUCAGGACGGAGAAAUAAGAGUCGGGCAUAGUAAUGAUCUUGUGUCUUGGGAUUGGUGGAAGAAGAUACAUACUUCGUGCUAACAUCUCUCAUGGAUACAGGCUUCAGAUAUCAAAGGUACCCAAUUAAUUUAGCUUCUAAUUCGUUCUCGCGGCCCAAGGUUAACUAGACAUUUACCGAG